GCGCGCACGUGACUGGGAGGGAACUACAGCUCCCGGCAUGCCGUUCGCCCAGCCACUUGCCCUAGUAUGGCUGCGCCCAGGCUGGGCUGAGCGGCGCGAGCGCGGUUUAUAGUGGGGCUGAGCCGCCAAGACUCACCAUGUCAAAAAUCUCCCGUGCUGCCAAAGCUGUGAAGAAGGUCAAUCCCGGGAAUGUCAUCCGAAUGAUCAUCAGGGCAGGGCAGGCGGUGCCGGGGCCUCCCCUGGGGCCUGUCCUGGGUCAGAGGGGUAUCCCCAUCGGGCAGUUCUGCAAGGACUUCAAUGAGCGAACCAAAGACAUCAAGGAGGGGGUGCCGCUGCCCGUGCGCAUUCAUGUCAAGCCAGAUAGAACCUACGAGAUCCAGAUCAACCAGCCGACGGCCUCGUAUUUCCUCAAGGCAGCUGCCGGCAUCGACAAGGGGGCAGCGCGGACCGGGCAUGAGGUGGCUGGCAUGGUGACCCUGAAACAUCUGUACGAGAUCGCGCUGGUGAAGUCCAAGAACCACAAUUUUGUAGUGCAGGACAUGAGCCUGGAGAAGGUGGUGAAAUCCCUCAUUGGCAGCGCCAGAACGCUGGGCAUCAAGGUGGUGAGAGACCUCAAUGCAGAGGAAUACGCCAUGUUCCAGCAGCAGCGCGAAGAGGCCUUGGCGGUAGCAGCAGCAGAAGCCCAAGCUGCGGAGUUGGCAGCAGCUGCCAAGAAGAAAUGAGCUUCAGGACACCAGGCUCCCUAGGGAGCUGCAGGGCCAGCAAGUCCAGAUCCCACAUUCCUGGCCCCAGGGUCAAAGCCCCACUCUGGGCAUGGGGAGCUGGGGACAUCUGCUCAGGAGCAGCAAGUCAGUCAGUCCAUCCAUUCCUCCCACCCCGUUCCCCUAUCCUGGCCACCUUUGUCCCAUGGAUUGCCUCUAUGGAGAAUGGGAGUUAGCCACCCACCCCUCAGAGCCAGUCCGCCUUUAAAACGUGCCGAGUUGUUUUGGUGCAAUUAAAAUCUCCACUCAAUAAAGCCUCAGUGUGACCCCCCAAA